AAGCAGAGUUGGCUCCACAUAUAAACACCUCUGCGCUCCUCAGGCUCCUCACUACCAGCACGCACUUUGCUCCAAGAGGCUGACAAACACAAAAGAACAAACACGAGGAGACGGUUUGUGGCGCACUCCUCAGGAUGGAGAAGGACUCUCCAUCCAAGCCAUCUGUAGCUGAGCUGGCUGGAAAGUUCAAUAAUCAUAUUCUACCAAAUCCAACCUCAAAGAACGAGUUGCCCUUUCGAAGAAGACCUCCAUGUUCCUUGAAGUUACAUCAUGAAAAGGAUGAUAAUCAAGAAUCAGAUAAACCUGCUCUCUCCCCAAAUUCCUGUAAAAUCAAAAUGAAGAGCUCAGCCAUCAUUGAGAAAUUGCAGGCCAAUCUUGCUCUGUCACCCACUGCUCUGCUGCCUUCAUCUGCCUGUCCUGAGGUGAAGCCACAUCCAUCACCAUUGUCCCCCACCAUGCCCUGCAGCCCAGUGAGCCCCCUGAGCCCCACAAUGCAACCCUCACAUCUGUCUAGUGAAGAAGAGGAUGCUGUCAGCUUCGACAGCCCUCCUGAAGGCGCCCCGCUGCCGAGCAUCAACAAGACUCGUGUACGGCUAUCAUUCAAGAGGCGUCCUCCCACGAGACAGCACAGAAGGUCAGCUGGAGAUGAGGCGGGAGCCUCUGGGAGCACUCUGUCCCCAUGUGAACUGUACAGCCCACAAGAAAAUGGAGACAAGGACCAGGUUUUUGACUACCCAGCAGUAGAAGCUAAAUACAGCCAACUGAAAGAAGCUGAAGACAAGUACAGGGACUGUGAAAAGACAGAAGAUGAGGUAGCAAAGAAUGACCCAGAAAGAAGGAGAGCUGGAGAGGAGGAGCAGGCAUCAGAACACGCCCAGAGCUCGGAGGCUUUGGAGGAGGUACAGCACCUCUCAGAGCCUUACCCAGCAGAGCAGAUAGGGGGCGAUGAGACAGAAGAGGGGCAGGAGGAGAUGCCUCAGGAGGCAUACCCAGGAGGAAAUGACUUGGUGUGACCUGUGAAAGUGAAGCAGAAAAAUAUACAUAUGAAUAAGUUAUUCAGUGCUUUAAUUAAGAUAAUUCUUUGAUCAAUACUCAUCAGAAAGAGGUCAUCUUUUUAAAUUUCUUGCUACUGCUUUAAGUCCCUCUGUCGACCUCUCCAGACCGUGUAUAGAACAGGUCUAUAAACACUGGAGCAUUAUGACAAAUGGAUGUUUUUCUGCACAUGGAAAUAAGCAUCACAGCUGAUACUGUAUCCAUGAUCAGCAGACAUUUCCUCCAUGUUGUACCAAGUCUGCAUGACCAGACUUCUGUUUUUAUGUUAAAUACAUUAUUUUUUCUUUACUGAGAUUUGACACAAGUCAAAGACAUUGUAAAGAGUGCACUUCCAAGUCUUUGUUACAUACAUAGAACUAUAAAAAUAUGCUGAACUAUAAAAAAAAAUGUGUGUAUAUAUACACACACACUCUCUGUAUGUUAGCAGAUAUAGAAAUGUUCAGACAGUAUACCAAAUCACUAACAAUUGCAUACUUUGCUUAGUUUGUUUGGAUGAUUUUGUCUCUUAUUUUGUAUGCUAUAGAAUAGCUGAAUCACAAUGCUACUGUGGAGUGGCUCUGCUCCUCACAAAUUAUGCACAGAAAUUUAAAGAAAAUAAACUGCUUCCUUCUUAUUUAAAGAAAAUAAUAUGUUACAUCUGUACAUGUAUUGUUGUUAUCAUCUCCAAAGACUUGCUAAGAAAAACCCUAAAUGUGCUGGAAGGUCAUCUGUCACAUGAGGCCAGAUAGGUUUGAUAUUAUAUUUAGUAGAUGAAGGGAUGGUACAAAUGUAAAUGUGAAAGACCUAAAACAUCUAAGGAUGUGGUGAUUUCAGUUAUUUUCCCUGAUUAGACCUCCUCCUCCCAGAGCUGUGUCUGUACAAGCUGCACAAACACAUUGGUCAUUUGUUUGUUUCUGAGGGCAUCAUCAGCACUAUUGUGAAAACCAAGUAAAAGCAUAGGCUAUUGUUUAAGCGGGUUUUUUUUUUUUUAUUUGAACAUUGACGGUCUCUACUGGAAACCAUUAGGACUUGCAAUUCCAGAAUUGCAGUAAUGGCGAAAUACAUCUGUGCUCCAUUUGGUAGGCAGGCUGCUUUAAGUAAAUAUUU